AUGGGUCUUAUAAUUUCAAUUUUUAAAACAGUACGAUUUAUGCCAACCACUUUACCAACAUAUCCAGAUUCAGCACGGCAUACUUUAGAAUAUCUAAUCCGCGCUAAUCAUACAAAUGUAGCAGUUAUCCAUGAAUCAGGAAGACCCAACAUGUUUUUACAACACAUACCCGUUCUAUACUUACUGAAUACAUCCUCAAAAUAUCUACUUACUGUAUAUGACCAAAUCAUUCCUGAUGAUUGCCCUUGGAAGCCCAGCCCGUCUGUAGUUACACAAGCGGAUUGGCAAAUGUUUUUUGGCAAUCUAUCUUAUGCAGAGGCAUAUAAACAUUAUUUUGAUGAUGAACUGAUACAUAUGAAUCGUGAUCAGCUAAAAACUGUUCAAUUUUAUGCACAAAAUAUAUUAAUACCAUCUUUAUUAGAAGGAGAUAUGUACUCUACAAUUCAUCUCGGGCUAAGUUUUAUAUUAAAGAGCCGAGAAAUGAUGUCAGAAGCUUUAGUAUCUAUGUGUUUAAAUAUACACAAGUCGUCUCUAUUAGAUCAAGAAAUAAAUACCCAUGAAUGGAAACAUGGUACAUAUACUUUGCAAGAUCUUCUUUCAAAGGUAGCAGAAAAAGAGAGAAUUAAAAAACAAACAAAUCAUGCUGAUUCUUUUACGGAAAAGAGAUCAGUAUAUAUAUCACAUUAUGUAUCAAAAUGGGAUGUUCAAGAUAGCUAUAAAUCAUUAAAAGAAAUUCAAAAAACAACACUUUUGCUAGCCAUAGCGACUUCAGAAUCAAUAUUAUUACCAUUCCUUUCUUUCUUUAAUGCAUCACAAACGCUAUUUGUUUUAUCGCAAAAUAAAGUGAUAUCAGAAUCACAGAUACGUAUAUCUCUUCAGGCGAUUUUAUUCCAUCUUUUAUUAAAUUAUAUAUCUUUAAAUACACCUUGUAUUCAAUCAAACAAAGUUGAUCAUUAUCCAUCGGUCGAUAUGAACACUAUUAGAAAUGAUCCAAAAUUAAUAUUUUUUAACACAGAAAAACUUCUAGCAAUUUAUUAUCUUGAUAAGAUAAAAGAUAAUUUUGAGAAAAAAGCAAUUUCUGCCAUUUACUAUUCAAAAUAA